AUGGGAAUGAGAGUACUGGAGCUGUUCUGGUUUUGUUGUUGUUUAUUCUUUGCAGUAGUCUACGGUCAAAAUCAGUUUCCUGUGAACUUUAAAUUUGGCGUGGGAACAUCUGCGUAUCAAAUCGAAGGAGCAUGGAACGAAGACGGAAAAGGUGAAUCUAUUUGGGACCACUUGGUUCACAACUACCCGGAAAAGAUCGCUGAUCGCACAAAUGGAGACGUAGCGUGUGACAGUUACCAUAAUUACAAGCGCGAUGUGGAAAUCAUUCGUGAACUGGGAGUUAAUAUGUACCGGUUUUCGAUGGCAUGGAGCCGCAUCAUGCCAACUGGCAUUAGUAAUCAAGUGAAUCAGGCUGGAAUCGAUUAUUACAAUAAUUUGAUCGAUGAACUAAUUAAGUAUGACAUCGAACCGAUGGUUACAUUAUAUCAUUGGGAUCUACCUCAACGUUUGCAGGAAAUGGGAGGAUGGACAAAUAGAGAGAUUGUCGAUCAUUUCAAAGAAUAUGCGAGAGUUGCCUUCGAGAGCUUUGGAGAUCGUGUCAAAUGGUGGACAACUUUUAACGAGCCUUUGCAAACAUGCCUUUAUUCUUACGAAUACGAUUCAAUGGCGCCGGGAUACGACUUUCCCGGAGUUCCUUGUUAUUUGUGUUCUCACAAUUUGCUUCUGUCUCAUGCUGAGGCUGUUGAACUCUACAGAACCCAAUAUCAAUCAUCUCAGAAUGGAAUCAUCGGAAUAACGGUUGACUCAUCAUGGGCGGAGCCACGAAGCGACGCUUCUGAUGACAAAGAAGCCUCAGAAUGGGCAAUGCAAUUUCACAUCGGAUGGUACAUGCAUCCAAUUUAUGGGACCAAUGGCAACUACCCCCAAGUAAUGAUCGAUCGAGUUGAUGCGUUGAGUACUCAGCAAGGAUACGCAAGUUCACGUCUCCCCAAAUUCACACCCGAAGAAAUCAUCAAGCUAAAGGGUUCUUCAGACUUUUUCGGUAUCAAUACUUACACAACUUCGAUCGUUUACAAAAACGAUAAUAACAACACGGCCAACUUCAGAGUGCCAUCAUUCGAUCAUGAUCGUAGCACAAUCGGAUAUCAGGACUCAAGCUGGCUCGAUACCGGAUCAAAUUGGCUUAAAGUCUAUCCAAAGGGGAUGUACCACUUGUUAACGUGGAUUCGAGAAGAAUACGGAAACCCACCGGUCUAUGUCACGGAGAAUGGAGUCAGUGAUCGUGGCGGAACCAAAGACGUGGCCCGCAUUAACUAUUACAACCAGUAUUUGAGUGCCAUACUGGACGCCAUGAGUGAGGGAUGCGACGUAAGGGGUUACGUUGCGUGGAGCUUGAUGGAUAACUUCGAGUGGCGGGCCGGGCUAACUGAGCGGUUCGGACUAUACUAUGUGAACUACACUGACCCCGGGAGGAAACGAAUUGCAAAGAGCUCGGCGAAAGUAUUGGCAAACAUUAUUAAAACGAGAAUAAUUGAUUUGGAAUAUUUGCCAGAGCCGGAGGUUUAUAUCCCUGAUAAUGUGUAGGGUGUUAUCAGUGGCGGCGCAUGGCACAGAAUUAGCUAUCAGUUAGUGUUUGUUGUCAAUUCAAAUGCUAUAUUUAAGCAAUACUCAGAUACUUUGCUGUCGAAAUGAUUGCAUCUGAACAUCAAUAAACUACCGACUUAAAUAUUCAGCACGGAUGAAGGUUGGCUUAUCGUCUAGUCUAUUAUAUAAUUUAUAUCAGUAUCUGCUAUUGUAAAAUGUUGUUAAAACGUCUGCAAUGUUGCAUUUAAUUUACCGCAGACAGUGAUUAUUGGGUUGAUAUCUUAUUCUUGUUAAAAACAAAGUAACGCAUGUAACAUGUAACGUGUCAUGUGUUAGCUCUAUCUUCAUGAUUUCUCACGGUUUUCAGCAUUUCAUUCUGUAUUUAAUUCUGCAAGAACUGAAUCAAUAUCAUGGUUCUUCAUCUUAAAUAGUCCAAAUUACAGUUUUUUGAUUAGGGUGUCAAACGGAAGAGGGAGUCCCGUAAACAAAAUUGAGCUACCUCAAAAAUAUUUCGUACAAAACUAUACUGCAUAACCACUUAGAGUCCAUCAUUAUCUGAAAUAAUAAAUCACUUUAUUUUAAGUAGUUCUUCUAGUAAAUUGAGUAUUGUAAAUACCGUUUUUUACUCAUGAAUCAUUUAACUUUAACAAACGAGACUUGAUGGAAAAUCUUAUACAUAAAAAUGAGUUGGUCUGUGUUCGUAUCCGCGUAACUAGAAAACGGCAGGAAGGAUUAUCUUCAUUUGUUCUGCAAAUCUGUUCAUUGUAAUCUCCGACGGGUUUAUAGGAUACUAAAUGUAUGUACUCGGCCUUACACGGAAUUGCCAGGUUGGGUUUAGCAGUUGCUGAUAUCAUUGAGAAAAUAUCGAACCGGCUGGUCAACGUGGUUAUUGUUUUAUGUUACAUUGUUCUGAAAACUCAUAUGUGAAUAUGUACAUUAUUUGGAAGAUAUUGAUUUGAAAAAUGUAUUGGAUGUAACCACUCUCCUUCGAUGAGACUCGAACCCACGACCCUCAGUGGUUAUUGUGUUACUUAUAUUUUACUACAUGAGUAUUAGGGCGGCACUAUAUAUAUGGUGUCAGGCCAUUUGGCCGAAUGUCGUUUGGCUGAAUUCCGUUUGGUCGAAUUCCGUUUGGCCGAAAAGUUAAAAAACAAAAUUACCUCAGAUUGCAAGCAGUGAAUAGUGAGUAAUGAGGAGUAAGAAGUAAGAAGUGAAAAGUGAAAAGAAAAAAGAAAACUGAGAAAAGAGAACUUCGUCCUUCGUCCUUCUUCCUUCUUCUCCUUCCUUCUUCUUUCUUCCUUCUUCCUUUUUCCUUCUCCCUCCUCCCUUCUUCCUUCUUCGUUCUUCCUUCAUUUUUUAUUUAUUUUCCCUUCUUCCUACUUCUUUCUUCUUUCUUCCUUCUUCUUUCUCCCUUCUUCCUUCUUCAUUUUUUCUCCCUUCUUCCUUCUUUCGUUUUCUCUCAUCCUCUUCCUUCUUUCUUCUUCCUUUUUACUUCUUCCUCCUUCCAUAUUUCUUCUUCCAUCUUCUUCUUCCUUCUGCCUUUUUCUUUCUUCCUUCUUUCUUCUCUCUUAUUUCUUAUUCCUUCUUCUUUCUUACUUCUUUCUUCUUCCUUUUUCCUCCUUCCUUCUUCCUUUUUCCUCCUUCCUUCUUCCUUCUUCUUUCUUCCUUCUUCCUUCUUCGUUGUUGCUACUUCCGUCAUCCUUCUUCCUCUUCCCUCUUUCUUCUUCCUUUUUUUCCUCUUAUUUCUUCCUUUUUCUUCUUCCUUCUUCUUACUUCUUAAAUGCUUCUUUCCUUUUCCUUCCUUGAUUAUUCCUUCUUUCUUCAUCCUCCUUCCUUCUUAUUUGUUUAUUCUUCAUUCAGAGAUAAUCUUGCUUUAUAUUGCUUGCUACUGAUGAUGAUGAUGAUGAUGAUGAUGAUGAUGAUGAUGGUCCCGCCACGUACCCCUACAAAGGUUUGAGCUAGACGAUUUAUCUUUAAGAUAUUUAAUUGUGAUCAAUUUAAUCAGAUUUUGCAAAACA